CAUAACCGUAGAUCAAUAUUUAAAAGAUCAAGCAAGUACUUCUUCAUCCGACACAAAUCUUGAUACCAUCGUUAAACCUAUUAAAUGUAAUACCGAAAAUAAACAAACAUCAUUGAAACAGCUUGAAGUACAAAAAAAUAGGGAAAUAUUGGAACGAAUUAUAGAAACUAUAAAAACAAUAGGAAAAAGAGGAUUAAGUUUUCGCGGUAAACGCCACGAAGCUGCAUAUAGUUUAACAGAUGAAACUUUAGACCAUGGUACUUUCCUUGAAAUACUUAUACUCUUAGGUAAAUUUGAUCCCAUAUUAAAAAAUCAUUUGGAUCAUGUUGCUUUAAAAAGUAAAAAAGCCCACCAAAAAAACAAAACUGGCAGAGGUAGUUUAGUAACUUUUUUUUCUAAAACAACCAUCAAUUCAAUUAUACAGAUCAUUUGUCAAAUAAUGAGACAAAACAUUGUUAAUGAAAUUAAAAGUGCUGGGAUGUUUUCUAUACAAAUUGAUACAACGCAAGAUGUGAAAGUUGAAGAUCAAUGCUCAAUUAUCAUCAGGUAUCUAACCGACUCGGUUAAAGAAAGACUAAUAGCGGUGACAAAUGUAAAAUCAUCUACAGGAGAAUCUAUGUUCCAAUUAGUCAAAGAAACUUUGGAAGUAAAUGGUGUUGAUUUAAAGUAUUGUAUUGGGUCUUCUACAGAUGGUGCAUCAAACAUGCAAGGGCGUUAUAAGUAUUUGUCAGAUGAAAAUCCAUCUCAGUUGCAUGUAUGGUGCUAUGCCCAUUGUUUAAAUUUAGUUAUGAUUGAUGUGACAGAAAUAACUAUUGAAAGUGUCAAGUUUUUUAGUCUUCUUAAUGAAUGUGCUAAUUUUUUAAGAGAAUCCUAUAAAAGAAUGGAUGUGUGGAAAGAAUUAUGUGGAAACAACAAACGAUUAGCAAAAGCAGGAGAUACAAGGUGGUGGUCUAAAGAAUCGUCGAUUACCACUAUUUUUGGCCACUUCGGUAUGCCUGAAAGUGCAUUAUAUGUUGUAUUAAUUUCAGUUAUGUCUAAAAUUGCAAAUUCUGAUAAGUUUAAUCGAGAAACACGAUAUAAAGCUAUUACAUUAAAGGACUCUUUUUUAAAAUAUAGUUUUGUCAUGACAUCACAAUUAUACUUACGAAUAUUUGAGCGUAUGUCGCCAUUGUCCAAGUAUUUGCAAACAAGUGGAAUGGACUUAGUUCAAGCAUAUAGGAUGGUUUCUAGUACUAUAACAUACUUACAAGAAAUAUCUAGAGAUUUUCAAAGAGUGAAAGAAGCUACCGAUUCAUUUAUAAUAUGGGCAGAAAAGAAUUGGAAGAAGUAG